UUUAAUUUCUAAUGAAAUAUUGCACAAUAGCCUCACAAGUUCUUAGUCAGUCACAACUCUAAAAUUUUGUGUCACAAAUAUUAAAAUUUUCCCGUGUAACAUCAUUGUGUAGACGGCGUGGUUAAAAUCCCUUGAGCAUGCAAAAAUACUCCUCACUUCCCAUCACAAUAUUUUAUACGUGAGAAGAGAUGAGAAAGAAAAAUUUGAUCACUCGUAAUCUGUCCUGCAAUAAGUUGAUUUUCAUAAUAUUAGUUUUAAUUUCCGCUUUGGCUGGGUGCAUAGGACUUUUUUGGCUCAGACGUGGUUCUUCUGCUGAGUCGACUUUAAGAUUUGUGAGCAUUGUCCAUCGACAUGGUGACAGGGCUCCCACAGUUUCAUAUCCACUAGAUCCUUACAAGGGAGAAUCAUUUUGGCCGGAAGGACUGGGCAACCUGAUACAGAAAGGAAAAGUACGUAUGUACGAGUUUGGGCGCUUUCUGCGACGACGUUACGACGGUUUUAUUUCAUCAAAGUACUCGGCGGCAGAAACUUAUGUAAUUUCUGGUAUGCGUGACAGAUUCAUCAUGAGCGCUCAACUGGUUUUGGCAGGAUUGUACCCUCCGAAUGGAAUUCAAAUCUGGAAUCAAGAUCUACCUUGGCAACCAAUUCCGGUCCAUUCUCUCCCUCCAUCUUGUGAUGAUAUGAUUUGCGUCACAAAGUACUGCUGGUUGCUUUCAAAAGAGGCGGAACAAUGGAACAUCUACCUAAAUAAUGAAGUUAAGAAAGAUCAAGAAUUUCUCUCCUAUCUUUCAAAAAGUAUUGGCGUUGAAUGCAAAACAAUAGAAGACGUUACUCAUAUUGCGGGCAAUUUAGAUGUCGUC